AUGGCAAACGCAAAUAUGAUCAAACCUCUCGUCGAAAGCGUCAUCUACCGCCUCGCGGGUCUUGGGGGCAUAGUGGCUGGGCAAACUAUAUCUCCAAAAGCCGAAGGAAAUGCUCGCGCUCAGCCCCAGCCGCGCGCAUGGACCCUGCGCUCUGGGGUAUUCACUCCGCGCGAAUUGGUCGAGGGCUUUGCUCCUCUUCUAGACACGGUCGUCGAUUGUCUAGGCAAAGAUACUCCAAACAUGAGAAGCGCUCGCGCAUCGCUGCUGGACAAUGUCGCCUCCAACUUGGCUACCAAUACUCGCGAAUCCACUCUCCCAUUCCAGAAAGAUGUGCCCGAUCUCUCACGCAGGGAGAUGAAAGAGCAGGCCGAUCGAAUUGGAAAAUAUCUUGUCAAAUGGGCGCGUGAGGCCUCCAGUGGUCCCUUCGAACCUGAUCUCAACAUCCGCAGCCCAUGCGAGAAUCAUCUGCUUACACCGCCGAAUGUCGACCUCAUGUUCGGGGCUCGCAGCCAACCGCACCUGAUGCAGCUGUUCAACGAAUAUAUGCACCAAAUGGUACUACUCCGCGAUGCCCUCCUUCCGUUUCGGAACUUCGAUGAGGUCCUGAUUCCCAUUGAUGGCAAGGCUGCCCGAGGCAUUCGUCACCUGGAGCCCAGUCGAGCGCAAUUUCUCACGGGGUUGGUCACCAAGAGUGUGACUCAGGCAUCAAUCCUCGCCUAUACCAAAGCGCUUCUGGCCCCAGACUUGCCUCGGACCGACACCGGUGGUUAUGGCUUCCAAUACGAACAUGGCUCCGUCCUGCCAGCCGUUCUGAAUGGCGGAGAUACUUACUUUCAUUUGCUUGAGUAUAUUCCUGCCAGACUGGAUCCAUCCCAGAACACAGUGCUGUUCGACUACGAAUUCUCCGAUUACUAUUCCGCCCCUCGCGCUGAGAUUCCCGCUGGUAAUCAGGUACAGGUCCACGAUCUGCUGAAGUUUCCCUCAGGUUCCGCACCUUUUGUUGUUCAAAAGGCAACUCUAGCCCUGGUAGCCUCAGGAGAGGGCACUCCUGUCCGUCAACUGGAGCUCCGCUUGGAGCUCAACAACGGUAACUGUGUCGGCGUCGACGUCGGUCAAAUUGCCCGUGGCCACCGCUACGCGUAUCAGGCACUCGCAGGUAAGGAGGAAGAUCUUCCCGCUCAGGGCGCUAUUGUACACUCUGCCCUGGAUGUUCUCCUGCAGUCCAAUCGCGGUCUAGUUACAGCAAAGCAAGGUGGUGUCCAUGUGAUCCCCACCGCGGAGCCCAUAAUCGCUCUGGCAAUUCUAGGGAAGCUGUAUCCCGAGAACGUUGUGCUCCUACCGGAAGAUAGUAGUCUCAGCGAGAUUGGUAAGGCUGGUAAGGGGUUUGAACCAAAAUUCAUCAUAUGGGGUGGAAUGAAACCCGGUGGCUUGAAGGGACGUUUCUAA